GAAAGAAUAGGGGAUGUUGCGCGUCUGCAGCGCUACUGUGGAAUCAGCCAGCGUGGAUGUCACUUCCUGUUUGUGUUUCUGUGCUGAGUGAGUUAGUUCCUUUGUGGAUCACAAGCAGCAGAACUGCGGCCUUGCUUGGUGCGACACGGAGUCAGGGAAAAAAAAAAUACACGAUCAGCAAAGUAAAAGAAUACCCUCACACGUCUGAGGAACAACAAUAGACAUCCAAAAUACAAAGAAAACAGCUACUGGCAACCCGUCCGAGAGCUUUCUUGUAUAAUCCUGCCCUGACGGUAAACACGUUUGGUUGUAUGAAGCUGAGGGAUUGGAUACUCCCAUCAGUUUCACAAGGUUUCCCAGAGAUUCUGUGGAAGGUCUCCUCCCCUCUCUGCGUGACGCUGUGGACGCGCUGACCCGUGCUUGACCACACAGAGGAGCAGACAGCGCACUCUGGCCGCAGCAUGAACGAAGUGACCGUGGUGCGGGAGGGCUGGCUUCACAAGAGAGGAGAGUACAUUAAAACAUGGAGACCCCGUUAUUUCAUCCUAAAGAGUGAUGGCUCCUUUAUCGGCUACAAAGAGAAACCAGAGACAUCCGACCAUAUCUUGCCUCCUUUAAACAAUUUCACAGUAGGCGAAUGUCAGCUAAUGAAGACAGAGCGUCCGAGACCCAACACCUUUAUGAUCAGGUGUCUGCAGUGGACGACGGUCAUCGAGCGGACCUUUCACGUGGACAGUCCAGAUGAGAGGGAGGAGUGGAUCCGUGCGAUCCAGACGGUGGCGAACAGCCUGAAGAACAGGGUGCCGGACGAGGAGCCCAUGGACAUCAAGUUCGGCUCUCCCAGCGAGAACUGUGGCGCAGAGGAGAUGGAAGUGGCAAUCUCCAAGACCAGAUCCAAAGUGACCAUGAGUGACUUUGACUAUCUGAAGCUGCUUGGCAAGGGGACAUUUGGGAAGGUGAUUUUGGUGAAAGAGAAAGCCACUGGGAUGUACUACGCCAUGAAGAUUCUGAGGAAAGAGGUUAUCAUUGCCAAAGAUGAAGUCGCUCACACAGUCACUGAGAGCAGAGUGCUACAGAACACGAGGCACCCCUUUCUAACUACACUAAAGUAUGCUUUCCAGACACACGACCGGCUGUGCUUCGUGAUGGAGUACGCCAACGGAGGAGAGCUGUUUUUCCACCUGUCCCGGGACCGUGUGUUCACGGAGGAGCGAGCCCGGUUCUAUGGUGCUGAGAUCGUGUCUGCUCUGGAGUACCUGCACUCCAGGAACGUGGUCUACAGGGACCUCAAGCUGGAGAACCUAAUGCUGGAUAAAGACGGCCACAUCAAGAUCACUGACUUCGGGCUUUGCAAGGAGGGCAUCACUGACGGGGCCACCAUGAAGACGUUCUGCGGGACCCCCGAAUACCUGGCACCUGAGGUGCUAGAGGACAAUGACUAUGGGCGGGCGGUGGACUGGUGGGGGCUGGGCGUGGUCAUGUAUGAGAUGAUGUGCGGCCGGCUGCCCUUCUACAACCAAGACCAUGAACGCCUUUUUGAGCUCAUCCUCAUGGAGGAGAUCCGAUUCCCACGCAACCUCUCCCCCGAGGCCAGGGCAUUGCUGGCAGGACUGCUCAAGAAGGACCCCAAGCAGAGGUUGGGAGGCGGGCCGGACGAUGCUAAGGAUGUGAUGACCCACAAGUUCUUCACUGCCAUUAACUGGCAGGACGUACUGCAGAAGAAGCUUGUCCCCCCUUUCAAGCCCCAGGUGACGUCGGAAACCGAUACGAGAUACUUUGAUGAUGAGUUCACAGCGCAGACGAUUACAGUCACCCCCCCGGACAAAUAUGACAGCCUGGACUCUGAAGACCCCACUCAGCGGACACAUUUCCCUCAGUUCUCCUACUCUGCCAGUAUACGAGAGUGACCAGGCAGGGAGAGAAACUCGAGGAAGCAACAAGAACAGAAGACAAGACAAGACGCAUAGACUGGUCCAAUUCAUUGGACAGCAACGCCCAUAGCCCUGCCUUAAUUGGGUUCUACACUAAAAACAAACCCAAAAAAGAAAAGAGAACAAUACACACACACACACACUCAUCCCAGAGACUGCAGGAAUCCAUUGAGAAACCCUACCUGAAAUCUUUUUUUCUUUCUUUUCUUGUUUAAGAGGAACAAUCCUUUCUUUUUUUAAUGUUUCUGAAUGUUACACAGUUUUUAAGCCAUAGUCUGUGAUACAAGUGCUCUUUUUGGAAAGCAGCUGUUACCAAUAGUGUUGAACUGUUCCUACUUGGCACGCUCAGAGUGAUGUCACAACAAAGGGGAGGUUUUGUCUAGCUGCUUUUUUUUUUUUUUUUUCCUACACUCAAGGUAAAAAAAUAAAAUAAGAAGAAGAGGGUAGGCUUAACAUCCCUUUUUAUGGAUUCCCGAUUUUUACUUGUGAUUCACAUUAAUGGUGUGUUUGCAAUGUGGCCUGUAGAGGGUGCGAAAGCUAAUCAUAAAACUACAGAGUUGCAAAAGUUUGAUCUUCUACAACGUUGUUUUGUUCUGUAAAAUAUCAGACACCAUUUAGGCAAAAAAGACGACCCCCUUUUUUUACACUUAUUUCCUGCUCUAUAAACGGGCUUUGAUAUCAGUUAUACCCACCUGCUGUUGCAAGUCAGAUGCGUCCUAGAGUGAUGGUUUCAAAAGGGGCUUGUGUCCCAACUUCCACUGGGGAAUGUAAAACAACUGGACUAUCAUCAAGGUCUGGCACAGGAACAUGCACAGAAGGUUAUGGAAGUAAAUGGACAGCAAGAAUUUUUUUUAAAUUGAAUAUUAAAAGCUAGUAGUAAAAAGAAAAAAAGAGAAGCGGUCUGUUGUAUAUGAAUGUGACAGUUUGCAGUCACGAAUGUAUCUUUAUGCUAAUAUUGCAAGAGAUGUUAAUACGGUUCUUCUGUGUGGGGGGGGGGCAUUGUAAAAUACUCAGAGUGCACAGGAACUGAGAUCAUGGGAGCCUCUGUUACAUGGCUCUGAUUUAAGAUAAAAAGCCUGUUUCUUCUAUGUGAUAGCCCUUUGUUAAUACAUAUUAUUAUAUAGAAAUUCUGUUUCAGUAAAUGAUGAUGCUGACUGAA